UACAUUUACUUUGAUCUGCCUGAUAUGCCCUCUCAAUCAGCACUCUCAGCAGACGAAAAGUCUAAAGUAAAAUCCACUUUAGACAAUUCCACGCAAAAGAUACUCACCGCUACUGCUGCUCGUAUCUACUUUGCACAUCGGGCCAUCAGUAAACCGGUGAGUUCUUGCUGGGGAUUAUGCUGAUUAUGGUGCUUUUACAUGGUCAUAUAUUGCUUUAUAUCACUUUAUA